AAUUAAUUUUCGGCUGGCGCUCAUCAUGGCUCGCUCAUCAGGCGCUGGUGUAACCCUGCUCGUGCUGGUUUCCAUGGCGAUCCCAGACUUGGUGUGUGGGGGGCAAGAGAGCGGCAAAGACUCACGACUCACACACACUCAUUUCACACCUCAUCAGUAUUACACGCCUCAGACUGGAGGAGUGAAGAGCAUGACUUUCCAAACGCCACCACGUAAUGAGAUGUUGGAGGAAAAUCAGUACGGCGUGAAGAGUUCUGAGUCCGGAAACAAACCUGACGCCGCGAUCCUGAACUCUGAUCAGCCCCAGGCGGAGCGCUCGCGGGAUAACGAGUGUAACGAUGUUAAGUGUAGCGACUAUGGUAGUGAUGGAGCAAGUCCAAACGGUGUGGAGUUAAACCGAGUCGCGUGGGAUAAAGUGUCAGGCAAUACACAGAUCCGCACCGAGGGCCCCCUCACACACUCUGAGGGCCCCUUGGAUCUCACACACUCUGAGGGCCCCAUGGAUCUCACACACUCUGAGGGCCCCUUGGUGCUCACACACUCCGGUGCGGUUCGAGGUCUGACUCUGGAUGAGGCUCAUGUGUUUUAUGGGAUUCCAUACGCAGCGCCCCCUGUGGGCCCAAAACGCUGGGCCGCUCCCGAAACCGUGUCCCAGUGGGUGAAGCCGUAUGACGCCACGUUCCCGCGGCCGGCGUGCAUGCAGGAGUGUGCGCGGGAAUUCUCUGACGCUUGUCUUCAUGAGGUGAGCGAGGACUGUCUGUACCUGAACCUGUACGUUCCUCUGAGUGUGGAUCUCUCACUGAGGGUUCCCACUCGGCUUCCUGUCAUGGUGUGGAUCCAUGGAGGUGACUUCAUCGCAGGCUCCGCCUCCAAACCGCUGUACGAUGGACGCUUCAUCAGUAACUAUAGCAACACGCUGGUGGUAAACAUGCAGUAUCGCCUGGGAGCGUUUGGGUUCCUAGUGACGGGACGCGAUCCUGAGAGAGCUGCGGUGGGAAAUUACGGCAUCCUGGAUCAGCAGGCGGCGCUGCGCUGGGUUGGAGAAAACAUCGCUGCAUUCGGUGGAGACCCGACAAAAGUGACUCUAUUUGCUGAGAGUGCCGGUGCUCAGUCAGUGUGUUUACACCUGAUGAUGCGGACCAGCGAAUCCCUGUUCAGACACGCGACCAUACAGAGUCAGCCUUUCUCCAUCCCUCUGAAAAGCAGGUGGGAGGCCAUGAAGUUGGGCAGGAACUUUGUGAAACAGACGAAUUGUUCAGCGUCUGAUCUGCAGUGUCUCCGUCUCCUCAGCACACACACUGUCCUGCAGGCGCAGGUUCAAGCAGGUUCUAAGCUCAUCAACCCGUUCCGCUUCCUGGAGAUGUUCGAGACGUGGGGGCCGCACGUGGACGGGGGCUUGAUCACAGAGCAGCCGAUCGCAGCUUUCCUGCAGGGUCGCUGGCAGAGUUAUAAACCUGUUAUAGUGGGAACUACAUCCGAAGAGGGCGUGAGCUUCGUGUACGGAUCGUUCAACAGCUCGGUGUCAGCGCUAGAGUUCGUCCUCUACAUCACCGCUAUCUUCAAACAGCACACACUCGAAGUCCUACAGGAGUACCUCCCUGUGUAUCGUGAACAGGACAGGUGGACGAUGCUGUCUCAGAUCGUCACAGAUUUCAUGUUCCUGUGUCCGGCUCGGCGGGUCGCUCGCGUCGCGCCGCGGGUGGGCGGAGACGCAUGGGUGUACGUAUUUGACCACACCCCUUCAGAUCACAAAAUAUGGGAGGGGCUGACUUGCUGCUACCGUCACGCCUGUCACGGGGCGGAGCUUCCGUUCCUGUUCGACUCGGCUCCCGCGGCGAACUUCAGCUUCACGGCUCGGGAGACUCUCCUGGCCAAUCAGAUGGUGUGUUACUGGGGGGCGUUCGCUCACUCCGGAGAUCCCAACUCUCAUGGAGAACACACACCGUUCUGCAGGAACCAGAGGCUCGCACCGUGGCCCAAAUACACCCCUGCUGAGCGAUGGCCGGUUCUGAAUUUAACCCUGCAGUCUCACCUCCAGCACCAGAACAGAGACGGAUUCUGUGACUUCUGGGAUCGUCUGGAUAUCUACUGAGAGACGGCACGACGCUUUAUAAACUACACGGUGAUGAACUGACACCGUGCCUUAAUUUUAAUGUUUUUAUUCUGCUUGGGGAAAUUAUAAAUACCUCGCUGCUUGUUAUAAACGUGUGUGAAUCUAAUUAACACCUGCAUUGAUGUUUGAUUAAUUAAUCCAGACUCACAGUGACUCUGUGCUUCAGAAUGAAACUAAUAGAUUAUUUUUCUCUUUUAUA